CGUCAACAAGCGGAGAACCAACACCAACUAGCACAUAAAAAUAUACGACCUAUGUCGUGAUCGUCGUGCAUUUUGAAUUUAUGGUGUCUGGAUGGAGGUGGCAAUUGUCGACAAAACUGUUGCUGUUGUCAUUUUAUUUUCGAUGUGUGCAAGUGCAUGUAAUUUUGCUAUUCGUUUUUUGCACGGUAUUAGUAUUUUGUGAAAAAAGUUGAAGUAGAAAUAAAUUGCAAUUGCAUCAUCAUGCUCCUUAUAUGUUUUCUUCCGUUUUCCGUCAACACUACUGAUGCCUGUUUGUAAAUCUUUUCACAAGUGCGGCGAAAUUUAUGUUCAUGUUGAGCUUCUCGUUACAACUCAACUACUUGGUGACAGAUACAGAGACAGAGCCCAUUGCCACUUUGCUAUACAGUGAUACAUAAGCAAGUUAAGAUGUUCAUGUUGGGUUCGAAGCAAGGAGCAUGCGCCCAAGGAGCUAAAGAAUGCGGCACCAGACCCCACAUCCGGGUGGAGGUAAAGGGACUAAAUGGCCAGGAUUUUUUCGCGCAUGACGUCGACGCCACGCUCUCCGUUGCCGAAUUCGUAGCGCAACACUUUUCGCCUUUCAUUCACCAGCAGGUGGGCACUUCUUACGGAGUCUUGUUGAAUCACAUCCUUGGCGAUAUUCAUCGUGAACAUUUGCAACGCCGAAGCGCUUUUGAUGAGCGCCUUGCCACACGGAUUGUUCUUCAAGACCAAGACGACACCGACACAAACACAAUAAGACGAACUGCAGAACAAGACGAGGCCGAGACCAAGGUCGCAACGGACGGCAUCACUGCAGUAGAGCAAGUAGCUGGCACAAAGCAGCACCAGCAGGGACGGAAUUCCAAUGCCAAUUUCAAAGUUUACAACGAUGUCGUGAAUGAUCUUCAGACAAAAGCUUGCCAGAAAUUAUUCGCGGAACCCAAUUACUCUGACCAAAAAGGAUUAGACACACUGGAGCUGGCCUCGCAGUUUUUCUUCACGUCGUUCGUGGCGCCUGUUGAAGUGCAUUUCGGGCGUCUCGCCAACGACGACGCGGCGCUUCGCCUAGAUCCCGAAACGGCUUUCCAGGACCACAUGGCAGUGGUGGGGCGGUACACUAUUCCACAAUGGCACACGUCCGCCAAGGGUUUUCCCUUUCUGGCGUUCGUAAGCAGCGAGCUAGAGGUCCCAGUACCAAAAACCCGGGAUGCUUUCUGGACGCGGUAUAAGCGCCGGGACGGACGCUUCGUUAUGACGUUCUCGUGCGUUCUAUUGAUCGCUGUUGCGCUUGCUGCGUAUGCGUGCUACUACUUUAGUCUUGAAUCACAAGCGGAAAAGUUAAAGAAAGCGCGAGACUUUUGCACUUUUUGCAUCAGGCGCGCGCGCGGAUUUCUAUCCUAUGUAGUGCGUCGCGAUCUUUUUUAUCAUUUUUGUCAUGCGAGUCCGCUUGAUCAUGUUCAUGCCGAUGAGGAUCACGAUGCUGAUAGCGGUUGCUGGUUCUGUGCCAGCUUUGGGGCGGCAUGUUCGGGUGUUGUUCCACGCAGUGCCUUGUGCACACCAUAGACCCCGCACCACCCCCCGGGCUAGGUAGUGCAGUCUGUUUAGCAUAACAAAGACACACGAAGCAGAAAUGCAAGUGCUAAGUAAUGUAGUAAUGCUGCAACAGCGAGCAAUGCAACGUUUGCCAACGCUAUAUUUGUGGUUACACAGCUGCACCAACAGGGGGUGUAUCCUUUGCAAGAGCAUCGCGCCGCUCGAUUAAUUGCAAUGAAUCAUGCACGACGAGUCUCGCUUCUGAGGUAAGUCAUCACUAAGUAGUUGUGCUGAUGCUGAUUUAUUACGUUCGUUUACCUAUGAUCAUCUCCAAAAAAUGUUGCAAAUUUCUUUUGUUCCUUCCAGGGAAAUUUGCAAUGCGAUUUUUACAAGCGCGAUACUUUUGCAAUGUAUAGGCUGGAUGGUACUUCAUUUGAGGCAGUUUUCACCAAAGACAAAAACGGAGAAACGCAGCGCUGGGUCCGGCCCACUGAUGCCAUUGGGCGCGGCAUCUUUCGUGUCGCAUUUUCGUCAGAAGAGGACGAGGCUCUUGCCAUGAGGGUACUACCUCACUUAAACCCACUUUUUCCAUUUGGUUUUGGUAUGCGACGGCCUCAGCAGGAUGAUUAUGAUGAACGAAGUUGAAGACGCCCACGCCUCAAACUGAGGCCACUGCUACGCUCCACACUAAGCUAAACGAGUUUGAGAGACAAGCAUAUGCACCAGGUGCUGCAGAGUCAUGAACUGCAUUAAGUUUUGUAGCUGCUAGAGCUGGUCGUGGUGCUGUCUUGUGAUAUUGGAGAAUGUCGAUAUGUUUAUAUCUAGUGUGAUCGUUGUUUUCCCUGUGGGAGUGGGAUGAUGAAGUUGUAGAAGUAGUUCGUAGUAGAAGAUGCCAUCAUUGGUCAGAACAGGUUGAGCUUGAGGCAUUUCUACAAGAACGCAGCUACAUCAAACACAAGUGCGAUUUUUCCUUUCGCCGCAAAUUGUUUUUCAUUUUUUCAUUUUUGCAACUACAGAUGAUUCAUCACCUGCGGGACAUUGAAGGCAGUGGGGCGACCAAUAUUCUGCGGACCUUGCUCCGGCGCACACACUCGGACCGGAUUGCGAAGAAGAUUGCGCAGCUGGCUACCUGCCCCUCCCAGCUGAAAGCCUUUGAGAAAUGGGAGCAGCUUGCGAUGUUUUGCGAUUCAAGUUACCUGUUCUUCACCAGCGCGGAGAAUGAACAAAUCGGAGUCGUACAACCCAGUAUGAAGCUCGACGAAUUACUUCGAUUGGUGCAGCAGGAGCAGCCCGGUGCUGUUGAGCCACAGGACUGCUCUGUAAAGAACGUGCGUCGCGGUGGUCAUGGUCAUGCCACACAAUCGCCUUCCCCCUCGAGGAAUGCUUCAGAAUCCUGGAUGUCGCGGUCUCCCUCUUGCGGGUCCGAGUUCACCGCGUUCACAGAUGAAAUGGAGAGUGAUGUGGACGUAGACCAGAUCCAGAAGAGGACAGCUUCGACUUGUGUGCUUACAAGUACAUCACCCUCGGCAGCGCGGCAGGGAGUUGGAGUUCUUGAAGAUGCUCGAGGCACCAGCACCCCUACAUCAGGGACGACCAACUCCUGCAAAAAUGCUGCGCGCGUCCAAGAAGUAGAAGUGCUGACUCUACACGCGAUCAUCCACAGUGACGCGUUCAAGGAUACGGAGCCUUCGGCAACGGAAGAUGGAUUUCAUUGACCACUCUUGCCUGAUUGAAGUGUCAUAGUGCGGCCGCAGAACCAGAAGUGUAAGUGUCGAGCUCGAGGUGAAUGCAUCGCCAUAAAUAAUUAGAAUCGGAAGGCUUGAAUCAUGAUGAAACAAAAUAUUCCAAGAAUCUCCUUCGUCUUCUCAAGCUAAUUCGUUCCCUGGUCGUUGGUUAGGAUAGUGAUUUGCGACCACAACAAAACGAUAUCGCGACGCCGGUACCGACUCUUUUGCAACUGGGCCGUCCACGUAAGUAUUGCUUACCGCCUGUAUCUGCAGUUUAUGCGUGUGACGGAGAAGGAGCACGAGGACAACGAGGCCUGCGCCUGCUGUGAGUCAUCUUCUACCUCUCGAAAAAAACACUGUAUGAAGAGCUGCAAGUUGCAGUUGGCGAUUUUGAUUUUUUGACUCAAUUUAUAAUUUUUUAUUCUUUGUAGAGAUGAAAGUUUUGCCAGGUCGCGCUUCCGCUUGCCGAUAAUUCAUUGCAUUGUUUUUUGUAGAGCAGAUUGGCUUGUUGCAGCUUGGGGACGAACUGUUUCUGUAUGAUGUUUCCAGAUUGUUAUGAUCAUGCUACAGUAGGCCAUGCAUGCUUGAACGACGUGUCCUUGACGGUUUUGUUUUUAGACAAGAUAUUUGCAAGGGUCAACUAUGCAAGUUUCAUUUGGAACUAGAAAUAUAGGAGUAAGAUUUUGAUAAUUUUUCUGCACGACUAACUUCGACUACAAG